CCGUUCUCCAAGCAGCAACAGCAUCACUCGCCUCUCCGCUUGUCAAGUGCGAUGUGAAAAAUGUGUGCUCAGCUUUCCCUCUUCCUGUUUAUGCUGGCUUCUGCACUCCCUGCUUCUUUGGCAUUCAACAUUGACACCACGAAUCCUGACAUCUACAAUGGCGAGCAAAACGAUUUCUUUGGAUACAAAGUGCUUCAGUUUGUGUCUGGUUCCGAGAAGGGGAUCCUUGUCACUGCACCGCUGCAGAAUAACGGGUCAGGUGGAGUUUGCAAACCACAUCCCAGCAAGCAAACCACAAAGUGCUUCCACCCGAAAGAACUGUCCCUCAAAGACCAAAGUGUACAAGUCAAGCAUUUUGGACUGUCCAUUGCUGAAGACGCCACACAGUCCCAAUUCACCGUUUGCAGCCCUUAUAUAGCUCAUGAAUGUUACGACAACUCCUACCUGAACAGUGUGUGCUACAAGGUGACACAGGAUCUUCAGGAGGUCUCCUAUAUCAAACCGAUUUUCCAAGAAUGCAGGAAGAAGACAGUAGAACUGGUCUUUCUUUUUGAUGGAUCCGCAAGUAUGACUGAGGAUGAGUUUACAAAAAAUAAAGAUUUUAUUAUGGACAUAAUGGAAAACCUCAAAAACACAUCAAUCAAGUUUGCAGCCGUUCAGUUCGCCACAUCUUACGGGACCGUCUUUGAUUUCAUGGACUAUUACAAAGGCAGCGCCAGGCAAAAACUUGAAAAUGAGCGGCACAUGGACAGGCUAACCAAUACCCACGCAGCCCUGGAAUUUGUUUUGAAAAACCUCUUUGAGAACAAACAGGCAGGCGCCUCUUCCGAUGCCAGUAAAGUUCUGGUCCUGAUCACAGACGGAGAUCCCAGUGACAGCGACGAUAAGAGGAUUAUAAACACUUACAAUGAAGCAGGCAUCAUUCGAUUUGUCAUUGGGGUGAAAAAUGUCACCCUGGAUAAAGUCAAGACUAUUGCCUCAGACCCCAAAGACAAAUUCGCCUUUAAGAUUGAGCAGUACGAUGGACUCACAGGAUUGCUGGAAAACUUUCAAAAACACAUCUUCAGCAUGGAAGGAGACACAAAAGUUGCUCGGGCAGAAGACAUGACUGAUGAGAUGUCUCAGAGUGGAUUUAGUGCUGCUUUCUACAAGGACACAUUGAUUCUCGGUUCCGUGGGGUCAAACAGCUGGCGUGGUGCUUUAUACGAGCGCCAUGAUCUAACAGAGACACGGAUUACAGAUUCACACAUGCAGAUGGACUCUUAUAUGGGAUACUCUGUUUCUGUGGGCCAGAUAAACAAUGCUCCUCUAUAUUUCACUGGCGCUCCAAGGUUUCAGCACACAGGACAAGUACUACUCUUUAGACGUGACGGGAGCAGCUGGAAUGCAAGCCAAAGAAUAAAUGGCGAUCAGAUUGGUUCCUACUUUGGGGCCGAGCUGUGCACAAUAGAUGUGGACUCAGAUGGUGACAGUGAUUUCCUCCUGGUGGGAGCACCGUUGUUUUACCACCCUCAGGAAAGGUCAGAGGGACAGAUCUACGUCUACACACUGACUGAUGAGGUGCUGCUCAGAAGGGAGAUGAAUGUGACUGCGGCACCGUCCAUGGGCAGGUUUGGCACCAGCAUUGCUAGUCUUGCAGAUCUCAAUGGCGAUGGACUCAGAGACGUUGCGGUCGGGGCCCCUCUCGAAGACGCUAACGCGGGGGCAGUGUACAUCUUUCUUGGUGACAGACAAAGAGGGAUACGCAGUGUUUUUAGUCAGAGACUCUUGGGACGAAAAAUAAAGCCUGGGAUCAGAUUCUUUGGACAGGCCAUCAAUGGAAACAUUGACCUUGGAGAAGAUGAUCUCCCCGACCUCGUGAUUGGAUCAUACGGGGCCGCCAUUGUGCUCAGGUCAAGGCCCGUAAUGAACGUGAGAGCUCGUCUGUCCUUUCAACCGAAGGAGAUCAGCGUUGACCACAUUGACUGCUCUGUCAAUACAGAUGUUAUUUUACCGAUGGUUAGCUUAAUUGUCUGCUUUGACAUGGAGGAAACGACAACAAGUAAAGCAGAAGCGAUGAAGUUUGGACUGAACAUUUCAUACACGAUAAAUGUGGAUCCAAUGAGACAAUCACAUCGAGGUUUCUUCAGGGACAGAAAAAUCCGAAGUCUUUCCUUCACAUAUGAACUGAUAAAUGAGAUGACGUGCUUCGACUACUUCAUCAACAUGACGAAAUGUGUGAAAGACACGCUGUCACCUGUCAGCAUCAAGUUAAACUUCUCCCAGGUGGACAGUCAGACCACUGGCGCGGUCCUUAACGUUGAUGGCAAAACACAAGCUGUUGUUGAGGUUCCGUUUGAAAAGCACUGUCGGAAAAACGACACUUGCGUUGCCGAAAUUGAGGUGGAUUUCAAACUAUUGACGCCAACAUUACUGGUUGCUGAAGAAAAGUACUUCAACAUGUCCGUCACAAUAUCUAAUCAUGGCGACGACUCGUACAACACCAGCCUUACAUUCUAUUAUCCUCCAGGCCUCUCCUUCUCCAGGAUGGUUUCGAUUAUUACAGAGACUACAAGACCGACGCGGCACAAUUGUGAUGAUCUAGAAGGAGUAACUGACAAAACUAUUUGUGGUGUCAGCCUUCCUGUGUAUCGCAGCAGAUCAGCAGCAACAUUUCAAACUUCUUUCCACAUGAGCACAGAGUAUGCUUGGAAUGACACGAUUGCUAUUGGUGUCACCGGUAAAAGUGAUAACAACAACAACAACACCGUGGCUGCGGUAACCAAACACCUCCCAGUACAAUUUGAAAUUAAAAUGGCAAUCACAGUGAAGGAGGAGACCACCAUGUAUUUGAAAUUCACAGAAGAGGACACAGCCCCCAAAAGAAUGAUUAUUCAAUAUAAGGUGGAUAAUCCUGGCUGGAAGGCGUUUCCUGUCAAUGUGACCCUGAGCUUUCCAACAAAACUCCAAUAUGACUUCGAAAUGGAGAAUUAUCAAGUACUGGUACAACAGAACCAAACUCGAUGCGAAAGCAUUGCUGGAAUGAUUUCGGAAUCUUGCUUAGCAGAACAAGAGUGCAAGACCGUACAGUGUGACUCUUUCCUGCUGAACAAAGAAUCUUCCACUGAGUUCGUGUUGUCUGCGGACAUUCGAUUCAAGGACCUUAAACAGCGGGCCAAGAAUAAUGCUUUUCUGAAAAGAUUCACUGGAGAGAGUGCAGAAAUUAAGUUUAAGACUGCGAUGAAUGUCGAUUUCAACAAACAACGAUAUGUGUUGGAUUCUCAUAAACAACAGAAUACAGGAAUGGCAAAGGAGGAGACUCCCUUGUGGAAAGACAACAAUCCCACAAUUAAAUGGGUCGAAGUUCGAGUUGAGUUCAUCAUUUCCCCUGAUCAAUACCUGAUCAUUUUCACUGGAACCGGACUGGGACUUUUGCUCUUCAUCAUAGCAACCAUCAUCAUGUAUAAGCUGGGCUGCUUCAAGAGGAAAACAGUGCAAUAUUACCAAAAGCAGGAAGAGGUAGCUGCUCUUCAACUGGAAGGAACCCCCUCGCAGAACAACGGCUUUGGCGGCCAGACCGAAGAUGGCACCCCUGCAGAGAUAAAAACUCUUCUAGAUGGGGACCAGUCAGCUGACACACAAACAGAAGUAGAUUAAGUUGACUGUGACUGGACCACGUGAUAAGAUUGUUAUUCCAACAGUGGAUCUUUUGGUUCAUGUUUUUGACAACUUUAUCAUUAUGGGAUAUAUUGUUCCUUUUUUUUUCCUACAAAGCAAGAUCUAUAAAACCUUACUUGGAAUUCUAUCAAACAUUGGAGGAACAACAACAGAGAACAUUAUUGUUCGACAUUUCCCAGACACCUGUUCUUAUAGAAAGAUUUCUCAGCUGUUCAAAGGCGAUGCAAACACGCAAGUAGAGUAGAUCCCCGCCUAUUUGCUCUUUUUCCUAUUCUCUGUUUUUAAUUGUAAAUCAUUCAGAUACUUUUUUAGGGUUUUUUAGCGAUUGUGCGUUAUUUGCUGUUCUUUACCCAUAGCGGAGAUCUAUUGAAACUCUAAACCAGACCUGGGAAAAUUAUGGCCAGGGGGCCUGUUAAGCUUUUCAAUCUGGCCCGCAGGACAUUCCCAAAUAUUGUUUUUAGAUCUUUAAGAUGGAAACUGUAGCUGCCAUUAUGACUUGGAUGCUGGGGCGCCGUAUCCGGCCCGCGGGCCAUAGGUUAAGGACCCCUGGGUUAAAAUGUCAAAUCGAUUCUCCAGAAUGAAACUAAUUUUAUUAAUCUAUUCUGAACCGUCCCAAAACACAGUGAUUUCUUUGUUACAAGUUUGUGAAAAAUGUACUUCUGCAGCAGCAAAUCAGUACACAGUCGUCCCCCGCCACAUCACGCUUCAAAUAAUUACAGAUUUUCUUUCAAACAAUAUUUUACAUAUUUUGGGCCUAAAUGAAGUCUAUUUUAUGUCCUAUGAGUUUUACAGUACAGUAUUUGUCGUAUUUUAUAUUAUGUUGUGGCGAUGGAUAAAAAAUGGUCACCAAAUGGAACUUCCGUUUCCGGGUUAUCUUUCAUGUUAAACUGUUUAUGCACUUCCUUUUGGACCCCUGCCUCGUCAAUAACUCAUGUCUGCAUUAGAGAGAAAUGUGGAAUAAUGUGGGGGGAAAAUGUGGCAGGACAUGCACUUAUGACAACGCAGCUACUGUCUACACUUGUCUUUGUUACCCCCAAGUUUUUGCACUAAACACCUGUCUGUGGUUUUAACACAUGGAAGCCCAGUUCCAACUUAGAGAAAUGACUCACGAUGUGAUGAAGUAUUUUCGUGUCGUAUUCAUUUUUUAAUAGCCAUGAUGAAAGCCUCUGUCAUGUCUUGUGAUCAUAUUUGUUUGGUUAUGUUCUGUUACUUCAAGACUCCAUUAGUUCAUGUUUUUUGCUCCCUUGUUUGGUCACCAUGUCAACUUUUUAAUUUCACCCGUCUCACGUGUUGGACUCAUGCACCAGUUUGUAAUUGCAGAGAGUAUUUAAGCCUGUUGUUUUCAGUUGGUCGUGAACUAAUCAUGUUUCAUGAUUAGUUCACGCUGCUUGUUUCAUGCAAUUUUAUAGUCCAUGCUGCCCUGCUCACGUCACCGCAAGUAAGUUUUGGUUUACAAACCCUGUUUACAUGUAAGUUGGGAAAUUGUGUUAGAUGUAAAUAUAAACGGAAUACAAUGAGUUGCAAAUCAUUUUCAACCCAUAUUCAAUUGAAUGCACUCAAAGACAAGAUAUUUGAUGUUCAAACUCAUAAACUUAAUUUAUUUUGCAAAUAAUAAUUAUUUUACAAUUUCAUGGCUGCAACACGUGCCAAAGUAGUUGAGAAAGAACAUGUUCACCACUGUGUUACAUCACCUUUUCUUUUAACAACACUCAAUAAACGUUUGGGAACUGAGGAAACUAAUUGUUGAAGCUUUGAAAGUGGAAUUCAUUCCCAUUUUUGUUUUAUGUAGAGCUUCAGUCGUUCAACAGUCCGGGGUCUCAGCUGUCGUAUUUUACGCUUCAUAAUGCGCCACACAUUUUCGAUGGGAGACAGGUCUGGACAGCAGGCGGGCCAGAAAAGUACCCGCAUUCUUUUUUUAUGAAGCCACACUUUUGUAACACUUGUCUUGCUGAAAUAAGCAGGGGCGUCCAUGAUAACGUUGCUUGGAUGACAACAUAUGUUGUUCCAAAACCUGUAUGGACCUUUCAGCAUUAAUAGUGUCUUCACAGAUUUGUAAGUUACCCAUGCCUUGGGCAUUAAUACACCCCCAUACCAUCACAGAUGCUGGCUUUUGAACUUUGCGCCUGUAACAAGCCAAAUAGUUAUUUUCUUCUUUGUUCUGGAGGACACCACGUCCCCUGUUUCCAAAUAUAAUUUGAAAUGUGGACUCGUCAGACCACAGAACACCUUUCCAGUUUGCAUCAGUCCAUCUUAGAUGAGCUCAGGCCCAGCGUUCCUUGGUGUUGUUGAUAAAUGGGUUUGGCUUUGCAUAGUAGAGUUUUAACUUGCACUUACAGAUGUAGCGACCAACUGUAGUUACUGACAGUGGUUUUAUGAAGUGUUCCUGAGCCCAUGUGAUGAUAGCCUUUACACACUGAUGCAAAAGUCCGUAAUAUCAUCGCUUACGUGCAGGGAUUUCUCCAGAUUCUCUGAACUUUUUGAUGAUUUUACGGACCGUAGAUGGUAGACGGACCGUAGAUUGCUUACAAAGUGGUGACCCUCACCCCAUCCUUGUUUAUGAAUUACUUAGCAUUUAAUGGAACCUGUUUUUAUACCCAAUCAUGGCUUCCAACUGUUCCUAAUUAGACUGCACACCUGUGAGAUGUUCCAUAUAAGUGUUUGAUGAGCAUUCCUCAACGUUAUCAGUAUUUAUUGCCACCUUUCCCAACUUCUUUGUCACGUGUUGCUGGCAUCAUAUUCUAAAGGUAAUGAUAAUUUGCAAAAAAAAAAAUGUUUAUCAGUUUGAACAUCAAUAAUGUUGUCUUUGUAGCAUAUUCAACUGAAUAUGGGUUGAAAAUGAUUUGCAAAUCAUUGUAUUCUGUUUAUAUUUACAGUACAUCUAACACAAUUUCCCAACUCAUAUGGAAACAGGGUUUGUUUUAAUGCCAGUUAGUGUAUUUUGUUUCAUUGCCAUUAGUUUACAUCUUAGUGUUAGUUUUGUUCCCUCAGCCAUGUUUGUGUCCCCGUCUUUUGUUUGCACUUUUAUAGUAAUAAUUAAAACAUGUAUUUACCUUAA